UUGUAUUUUUAACCCCUUUAGGAGGUAAGUUCAUCACUAAAAUUUCUAUAUAAUAUGUAAGGGAAACAGGAUGCUAUAAUACAAAACGCGUUUCUGCGAUCGGCGAUUAUGUACAAAAUUUAUGGCCGUGAAUGUUGUUUUUACAAAUGAGCUUACAACUACACAUGCUUUGAUCAAGCGUUCUAUUUCAAACCAAAACAACUGUAAACCUUUGGCGGGAAAAUAUCCUAAAAUUGUCUCAGACUGUUAAAGUAAAAGUAUUUUCAGAAGUUUAAAAGCAUAUUUUGAUAUUUAUUCACUGGGUAUAUCUAUUGGUUUACUCCUUUGGAAAAAACGCAAACUCGUGCGUUGUUAUUGUUUACAUAUUCGUCGCGGUUUCAUUUAAAUUUGGCGAAUUUCCGGCCGAAAAAAUGGAGCAAAAAGCGGAGAAACUUUGUUCAAAAUUACCUGGAGGGACUACCUGUUGUGUGCCUAAAUGCUCAAGUAAUAGUGUGAGAACACCUGGUGUUUCAUUUCACAAGUUUCCAAAGGAGCCGAGUUCGAAAGAAGCGUGGUUAAAUCUAUUGGGAAUUUCAAAACAACCGUUAAAAAGCCACAAAGUUUGCUCCUUACACUUUCCUGGUGGUAAAAAAGUAUUGGGGGCUCUGCCCAGGUCUAGUUCAUUUUCAAAUAGACAAACGUCCAAUAGUAAAUGUGGAAGAAUUGUAACUGAAAAUAUGAAGCGAAUAAGCACUACACAGCACGCAGGGAAACAUGACAUGCAACAAACAAAUGAAAAUAGUGAACUUUUUGCACUAAAAUCCGAACUUGAACAGCUAAAAAAAGAAAAUGCAUCUUUGAAAACUAAACAUGAUGAGCUAUCUACCAAAUACAAGUUAUGUGCACUACGUUUAGAACAUGUAAUAGCUAGUGAUGCGAACUUCAAAUUCUACACCAGUUUUCCCAACUAUACAACUUUCAAAGCCUUUUUCAACUAUUUGCAACCAGCUUGUAAUCUUUUGAUGUAUGCGGGAACAAAAAAUUCACAACAUGCAUCAGAGACACAAGCAAAACGUGGUACACAAAGGAGCUUAACACCUGAACAAGAGUUAUUCAUGGUUUUGGUUAGAUUGCGCUGUGGUUUAUUGGGUCUUGAUGUUGCUAAUCGCUUUGGCAUUUCACCAGCCCAGUAUUCUCGAAUUGAAACAACUUGGCUAGCUUUCCUUUAUCACAGGCUAAGAGCUCUACCUAUUUGGCCUUCACGUCAAUAUAUUCAAAACACUAUGCCAAAAGCUUUUAAAGAUUCCUACCCAAAUACACGUGUUAUCAUAGACUGCACUGAACUUUUUAUCGAAAGACCCACAUCAUUUCGUAGUCAAUCCGCAACCUAUUCCUCAUAUAAAAACCACAACACAGCAAAGGGGCUAAUUGGCAUUUCACCUGCUGGAUACCCUACAUUUAUUUCAGAGCUUUACACUGGUCGCUCUAGUGACAAACAAGUCACCAGAGACUGUGGUAUUUUAAACUUGUUAGAGGCAGGUGAUGAUUUGAUGGCAGAUAAGGGCUUUGAUAUAGAGGAUGAAAUGCCUGAAGGGGUAAAACUGAACAUACCCCCUUUCCUAAAUAAUCAGCAGCUCUCUAUUCAGGCAGAAAAUGAGACAAGAAAAAUAGCCGCAGUUAGAGUUCAUGUGGAACGUGCCAUUCAACGAAUUAAAUGUUUUCGGAUUUUAAAGAAUGUGUUUCCUUUGAGUAUGGCAUCAGAGUUAAAUAAAGUAUGGGUCAUCUGUUCCUACUUGACACUAUUUCAGCCACCUCUAAUCAAUUCUAAUUCUGAACAGGAGUAAAUGAACAAACAAUAAC